UACAAACUUUCCUAACCUGAAAUCUGGCAAUGUACUGAUAAUUUAAUACCUUUUUGCUUUUUAUCUCUUAUCAUAAAAGUACAAAAUUCCCGGGUUCAUAAAAGGUGAGGCGACAUUUUGUACCAAAAGCUAAUGAAAUAGUGUAUUCUUGAUUGUUUUAUGAUGCCUGUUAAGAAACCGAAAAUUGUGUUUGUACAUCCCGAUUUGGGCAUCGGAGGAGCUGAACGGUUGGUACUCGAUGUAGCUGUGGCUUUAUCAGAAAAAAAUGAAGUCUCAUUCGUUACGAAUCACUUCAAUAAACACCACGCAUUUGAAGAGCUUUGCGAUGGCCAAUUUCCAGUACGUGUCAUAGGCAAUUGGAUUCCUCGUGGACUAUGUGGUAUAUUUCAAGCUCUUUUUUCGUACUUACGAAUGAUAUACCUAGCGCUUUUUUAUGUGCUCUUUAUAAACAAAAGUGAGAAGCCUGAUUUAUUCUUUAUUGAUCAAAUACCAAUGGCUGUUCCAUUUAUAAAGUUGGCAGGCGGUAAAGUUAUAUACUACUGUCAUCAUCCGGAUUUAUUGGCGAGUACGCCCGGUGGAUUUUUAAAACGUCUUUAUCGCUUACCGAUCAACUGGUUAGAAUUGCAAUGUACCGCAUUAUCCGAUGUGAUUCUUGUUAAUAGUAAAUAUACGAAAAAAGUUUUUCAAAAAACUUUCCCAGAAAUUACGAAGAAUAUUUCUAUUCUUUAUCCUACAAUUUCGUCUUCUUACCAGGCUCUGAUUGCGAAUAGCCAUUUUAAAAAUGCCGAGGAAAUUGCCCACAUACCAAAGGAAACUUUUGUGUUUUUGUCGAUUAAUCGUUUCCAUCCAGCUAAAAAAUUGGAGUUGGCUAUGGAUGCCUUAGAGGCUGCUCAAACUAAGCUAUCCUCAUCUGAAUGGGGUGGAAUUCAUCUUAUAAUGGCAGGUGGCUAUGAUCCCGACUCUAGCAUUAACGCUUUCUAUUUUGCCAAAUUGGUGAAAUUAUGCGAAAAUAAGAAUUUAAUGGCGAAAGUAACAUUUUUGAAGUCACCAUCUGAUAAUUUAAAAGCUGACCUUUUGCUGCGUUGUAACUGUCUUCUUUAUACUCCAAUUAAUGAACAUUUUGGAAUAGUGCCUUUGGAAGCAAUGACGGCAGGAAAACCUGUAAUAGCUUGCAAUAGUGGUGGACCUUGUGAAACUGUGCAGGAUGGCGUUACCGGAUAUUUGUGUGAGCCAACAGGUGACUCUGUAGCCAAUGCCAUUACUAAAAUUAUAAAGGAUGAUAAUGCAGAGAGAAUGGGUCUCAUGGGUAAGGCCAGGUUAGAACAGUAUUUUUCAUAUGAAAGUUUUGUAAAUCAUGCUAAUAAAAUUGUCGAUAAAUUUCUACGUGGCGAAGAUCCCACCAAAACUACAUCUGAUAGUCUGAACCAAAACAAUCAAGAGACUGAGCCCAGUACUGAAGAACACAGUAACGAAACUCGAUGUCCCCCUACUAGUCCAAUUUCGGUUGUUGAAGAACAUCAAAAUACACCUGCAAGCAACAGAAGUAAUUCCUUCUCAGAACCCAAUCAUGCAGAAAGCGCAAACGGUCAAAACAGUAUUUCCUCGCCAAAUACAAGUUUUGAAGAAAAUAGUACCCAACUUAAUAGCAGUCACUCCUCGUCAGAAAAAGCUAUCCAGAGGAGUUCGGACAAUUUGAAUUUAAGCAAUGGUUCAGAACCUAUCAGUGAUGAGAAUAUAAACAACGUCGAAGCUGCUGAAGAUCACAGUAGCGAUUUUGUAUCACCAACACAAGUAUUCAAGCCUAAUAUUGUAGGGGGAAGUGGUGAUAAAUAUGAAAAGUGGUCUCCUAGUAGUCUAUUGGAUCAAAUGCUCUUUGAAGAACGUUUACAUAGCCUUCCAACUGAAAAAGGUCGUAAUCCCUCUGAACUGAGCCAAAAUGAAUUGAGUGUGAGCCCAGCUUCAGAAGCUGGUAAUGAAGAUUACAUACAAAUGUGAAGCUACAUUUUUAAUAGGUACUGUAUUUUUAUUGUGAUGUUUUUUUAAUAAAUUUAAACCUGUAUUGUUUGGUACACUAUA